AUGCCUGAAGAACAAGUAAUUUUAAAUAUAUAUAGAUUAGAUUUACAAGGUAUUUGGAAAAAAGCAGGAAUUUAUCAUACUGGAGUUGAAGUUUAUGGAAGAGAAUUUAUGUUUGGUGGUCAUUCAGAAAAUAAGACUGGAAUAACAAGUGUAAAACCAAAGCAUGCAUGCGAAUAUAAUAAUAUAUUUAUCUUUAAGAAAUGUAUAAGUAUGGGAACAACAAAAUAUGAUAAAAAAACAAUUUAUAGAGUAAUUGACCAAUUGGGAAAGCAAUUCAGUGGUGUGAAUUAUCAUUUGUUAAAAAAAAAUUGUAAUAAUUUUUCUGAUGAAUUUUGUAAAAGAAUUAUUGGUAAGGGAAUUCCAAAAAAGUAUAAUCGUAUAGCUAGAAUUAUAAAUGCUAUUCCAUUAUUUUAUAACUUUUUUUCUGAACAAAGAUUUACUUUUCGUAAUACUGAUAUUUCAAUAGAUAAUAUUAGUAAUAAACUAAAUGUUCAGAAGAAUGAGAAAACUACAUGUUCUAUAAUAAAAAAUCAAACAAAGUCUGAUGAAAAUUCUGUAACAAAACUAUUACGUAAAAAAAAUGAUAAGGCAGGGGUUCUUUUGAAAUGUAAAAAAAGUAAAUUUCAAAAAAAUAAACGAAGACUAUUAGUAAAAUUACAAAGUAAUGUCUCAAGAAGUAAAAUUUUUAAAAAAGAAAAAUAUGAACGACUUAUAAAUUAUUUUAAAAAAACUGUAAACUGUAUUGAAAAUAAUUUAUAUUAA